AUGGAGAAGAAGACGGAGAUGACGUUGUGGCCCCCGGACUCCUCCAAACAAGCUGAGUUCGCCCGCAGACUAGAACGUACCGCCCCCCUUCCCCCCAGGCUGAUCGAUGGUGUCUUUCCUUCGCAGACUCUGAACUCCGUCCUGAACCUGGAUCUGGUGAGAGAGAAGAGUGCUGAUGAGAUAACACAGGUGGGAAGCCGCCGUGGAACUGCUCUGACCUUCUUCUCUUUUUUCCUCCAGGGAGAAACCUUCGAUGUGAUCUGGACAAGGGCCCAGAGCUGCCCUGCGUUCCUGUAUGCCCUGCCGCGGGCGGAGGGCUACGAGUUCUAUGUGGGUCAGUGGUCAGGAACGGAACUUCACUUCACCUCUCUGAUCAAUAUCCAGAGUUUGGGGGACGCGGCGCCCAGUCAGCUGAUCGUCUAUCAUUACACCGACCUGCAGAAGGAGAAGGGAAUGGUUCUGAUGAACUCUGAACUGGACUCCACAUUCCUGAGUGUUCCGGAAGCGCAAUGUCUGGCCAAUCAGGUGCAGCUUUUCUACAGCGGGGACUGGUUCCAUCUGGUGGAAAGCUUCAAUCACACCCCCAACGCCUUCAAGUACAUGUCUGUGGUGUCUGCGCUGGAGCAGAGCGGCCUGGGGAGAGCGGCUCACUAG